AUGGCGAACUCAAGUGUUCCACGAGCAGAAUGGCCCUUCAUUGAAGUUCUUUCAGACGAUCAGACACGCGAUCUAGAAACGAUCAACGUAUACGCUACUGUCGUCGAGCCCCAACAAACGAAAACGGUUCUCGGCUUUGUGAACAAGCAGCUACCCGCUUUACAAAAGCUUGAACACUGUAAACGAGUGCGUCGAACAACAUUGGCUGAUUCAAAAAUCGAGUUGACGCUGUUGUUAUGCGAGGAACAAGCCUUGACGAUGGAGGAUCUUGAGAAGCGUCUUGAUGAGCAUGGAUUCAGCAAUGUGAUUCAUCCCAAAGUGGUUCCAGUACCCAAGCAUGCACCUCUUAAUCGAACCCAAUUUGAAGCGUGGAAGCAAGUGUGGCCGCUUACUUACCGAGAAGACACACGUCAAGAUCCAAAGUUCACAUCCGAUGACAUUAAGGUUAUACAACAACACAUGAGAGAGAUCCUGCAGUCUGACGACGUGAUGAGAGCACGGAUUGUGGACCCUGUAAAGAAGCGGAUCAUUGCAGAGGCACAGGAUACCCGACAAGCAUCCUCUCAUCCUUUGCAUCAUGCGGUCAUGAAUUGUGUGGGUGCUGUGGCGGAUGCCGAGAAAAUAGCUGCAACGGAUUCUUCAUCAUCCAUGGGUCGACCAAAGCGAAAAGCAUCCCAAGUUGCCGAGGAGGAAUCCAACUCGGUUUACCUUUGUACUGGAUACGAUAUAUACCUUACUCAUGAACCCUGUGCCAUGUGUGCUAUGGUUUUAGUACAUUCACGAAUCGGUCGUGUCUUUUAUUGUCGUCCCACAAAGACCGGGUGCCUUGGUACUCUAUACAAAAUUCACUGUUACCCAAGUCUCAACCAUCAUUAUCGCGUCUUCAAACAUGUGCUUUUCGAUGAAACCAUGGAGACCCAGCAGCAGGACCUGCUCGAUGCAUAA